UCCACUGGUAUACAACUCUACCUACAAUAUUUAUCGAAAAUAAGAUGUUGACGUGAAAUAUGAGAAUUCCACUGAGUUCUUAUUACUGUUACCAAUUGCAUUGCUCCUAAUUAGGCUUUGAUUUGUAACUUGUCAACGGCGCAGUAUUUCUUCAGUCCCAUUCAAUAUUCAUUUACGUGGUAGUGUUAAGGUUAUGUAAAGCGUGGAAAAAAUGACUUUUCCUGAAGAAAAUUCAUUUCUAAAUGGUGAUAACACACGAGGACGUGGCAUGCCGGCCUAUACAGUAGGGCAGGCAUAUGCUGAUGGUGGGAUAAAGGCAGGAGCAGCCCGUGCUGCGAAACUUACCUACGAUGUGUUAUCGCGCCGCAAAGCAGCAGAGGAGGGUGUGGCUAGACUAGCACGGGUGCUUUCAGCUCUUGACCUAACCGCUUUGGGUGUGGGCAGCACCCUGGGUGUAGGGGUCUACGUGCUGGCAGGAGAUGUCGCUAAAAACUACGCGGGACCAGCUGUUAUACUGUCGUUUCUAUUAGCUGCUGUUGCUAGCGUGUUUGCUGGCCUAUGCUAUGCGGAGUUUGGUGCUCGAGUGCCGAAGGCCGGGUCAGCGUACGUGUACAGCUAUGUGUGCGUCGGCGAGUUCAUUGCUUUCAUUAUAGGAUGGAAUCUCAUACUGGAAUACAUUAUUGGUGCUGCGUCGGUAGUAAAAGCGCUGAGCGAAUACCUAGACUCUCUACUGUAUCAGGCGAUAUCCACUAAGCUGUAUGAAUGGAUGCCAAUGGACUCACCGCACCUAGCCCGCUACCCGGAUCUGUUUGCUUUCACCGUUGUUAUGGCGUUUUCUGUGGCGUUGGCGUUCGGCGUGAAGGAGUCUACGAAGUUCAACAACUUCUGCACGGGCGUCAACUUGUGCGUUGUACUUUUCGUCAUCAUCUCCGGAUCUUUCAAAGCGGAUACUAAGAACUGGCGUAUUCCAGCGUCCGAAGUCCCUCGGGACAAGGGCACUGACUUCGGCAGCGGCGGGUUCGCCCCCUACGGGAUCGCGGGCAUUAUCAAAGGCGCUGCCGUUUGCUUCUACGGGUUUAUUGGUUUCGACUGCGUGGCUACCGCUGGCGAGGAGGCCAGGAGACCACAAAAGAGCAUACCCUUCGCAGUGGUGGCUUCACUGCUCGUGGUGUUUCUGGCUUACUGUGGGGUAUCGUCCGUGCUCACUCUGAUGAUUCCAUAUUAUAUGCAGGACGAGAAAGCGCCCUUCCCGUACGUGUACGACCAGCUGGGCUGGCCGUGGGCGCGGUACGCCGUCAGCGUGGGCGCUAUCUGCGCACUCUGCUCCAGCUUGCUGGGCGCCGUGUUCCCGUUGCCGCGCAUCAUCUACGCGAUGGCGUCGGACGGGCUGCUGUUCCAGUUCAUGGGCCGCGUGAGCGAGAAGUACCAAACCCCCCUGGUGGGCACCAUGGUCGCGGGGCUGUUCACAGGGACCCUCGCGAUGAUGUUCGAGUUGAAGCAGCUCAUCCACAUGAUGUCCAUCGGGACCCUGCUGGCGUACUCCAUGGUGGCGUCCUGCGUACUGCUGCUCAGGUACGAGCGCAGCCAGUCGGUGCACCGCGCCGCCGAGCCGCUCAACCUGUCGGUGCGGAGCGCGCUGCGACAGCUGCUCAACUCCGAAGGGCACGCCACGCCCACUCGGCUCAGCUCCUCGCUGGUGGGCGUGCUUGUCACUUUGUACGGGGUGUGGUGCCUGGUGAUGAUGAACAGCGUCCACCAGCACGGCGACGCGAUCCUAGCAGGGGAGGCGGGCCCCGUUGCCGUCUUCGCCAUCGGCACCGCCCUGGUGGUCUUUACCCUCUACGCCAUUUCCAGGCAACCCGUCUCCGAGAAGAAGCUCGCUUUCUCCGUGCCGCUGGUGCCGUGGCUGCCGGGGCUCAGCAUCCUCAUCAACGUGUACCUGAUGCUGAACCUUGACUACAUGACGUGGCUGCGCUUCGCCGUCUGGAUCGCGGCCGGUCUGCUCAUCUACGUGACGUACGGCGCGUGGCACAGCUCGGAGCGCCGCAAGCCCCUGGACGCGGUUCAGCUGGCUGAGCUGCACAACGACAGCCAGACGGCGCUGCUGCAGCACAACUUGCAGCACACGAUCGGCUGACAGCGCGCCGCGCCCGCUGAUGAUGAGGGCAUUCCAGCGGACAGGGAUGUGGUCAGCCCCAGUAGUACUAUCGUAUCUUUUGUAUCCAGUAUUUGAGCGCGGUUAGAGCUUACCCGAGACGUGAUAGUGGCAUUCAAGUUUCGGAAUUGGACGCCUUUGAUCACCCCAGGGCCUCCAAUUUCUAUUUUUAUACGUGCCUUUACGUUAAAUGUAGUUUAUAACGAAGAAAUUCGAUCUGUAAAGAAAACCAAUUGAAUCCUUAUAUUAACUGUAAUAUACACGGCGAUUUAUUAGGUAUAACAGCGGCCUAAUAAUCCAAUUGUAAAAAAAAUUAAAACACCCUAUACGUGUGGUUGCGCUGGUAACUCAGCGCGGCGGCGAUAUCUCACUGUCCCAGCCAACUCGCCCUAGUGAAAAAUAUUAGAUUACUUAAUGUAUUAUAAGCAAUUCUUUUAACAGUAGUAUAGUAGCAAGAACAUUAUGAAUAUUGCCGAGGCUAUAAUUUACAUCAGACAAAAUAAAGA